AUGGCCACCCUCGCUCUGUGCCUACUGUGGACCCUGGCGACGGUGGCCCGGCCUCUCCUGGCAGCGCCCACGGGCAGCCCGGAGCCAGCACAACAAGAGGAGCUCACCUUGCUCUUUCAUGGUGCCCUGCAGCUGGGCCAGGCCCUCAACGGCGUGUACAGGGCCACGGAGGCACGGCUGGAGGAGGCCAGACACAGCCUGGGCCUCUACAGCCAGGCGCUGGGGCUCCUAGGCCAGGAGCUCCACCAGGACCAGGCUACGGCCCAGGAGCUCCAUACUGGCCUCUUGAAGAUUCAGGAGGAGGAGAAUGCCUUGCACCUGCAGGCGGAAGCCAUGGAGCAGGUGCUGCGGGAAGUGGCCCAGAAGCAGCAGGAGCUGCGGGGUCGCGUGCAAGGGCUGGAACUCCGGCUGCGUGGUGCCCGGCUGGGCCGUGCCUGGCAUGAAUUUGAAGCCCUGAAGGCGCUUGCUGACGAGCAGAGUUACAUCGUGUGGACCCUCCAUGGCCAUGCCCAGCGGCAGAAGAGGGAGAUGGAGGCACAGCAGCAAAGGCUGCGGCAGAUCCAGGAGCGACUCCACAUGGCAGCGCUCCCAGCCUGAACUCCCCCUGGGGCGGAACUGAGGACCAGACACGUUGCAGCCAGGAUGUCUCCUGGGCUCACACAGCUCCUCCCAGGGAGGCGCUGCCCAGCCGCUGGGGUUGGCCGGGGUGCCAGACACAAGGCCCCGGGCCCCCGCUUCCAGCCACGGAGAGAGGAAGUAGACAGGACGAGGCAGAGGAUACAGCCCGCGGGGAGGGGUGGAGGAAGGACAUGAGCCCCUAGGUGACCGCACAAACCCAUUAAAGCAGAGCAUUGACAUCGA